AUGGCGCGCCAGUAUCCACAGACUUUGGGUCAAACGAAGCCCCUGCGACGUUCGGCAAGUUGGAUCCUCCCCAGCCUUGGGCUGAUCAUCACGACUGCUUUUAUCAUCGCACUCGCUGCCCUGAAUGUUGGUCAAUGGAGAAGCUCGGAAAAUUUUGCGAUCUUUGUGCUCGAGCACCGGUCGACAAUAGCCAUUGCUGUUCAGAUAGUCUCUCAAGCACUUGGGCUGAUUCAAGUCCAUGUCCUAGGUUACGUCAAUACGUCCUCUCUUCGAGUCUCGCUCCCGGUACACGCUUCCUCCCUGGACGCUAUUCGUUUAAUCGUCUCCACCUCAACGCCCAGCAUUGCUUGGAAUUCACGAUGGCCAUAUUGGCUCUCUUCCAUUAUCUUUGUUGGGUUCUCUUUCCUCCCAGGUGCUCUCUGGGCUGGCGCGAUAACGCCUACUAUCGCGGAGACGCAGACGACACGGAUCCUGCAUAUUCCAACGUUCCAAUCACAGAAUCUGUCUGCCAUAUGGGAUUCGGGAAGCACAGAUGCUCCCAAAACAAAUGGAUAUGGGCUCAGCGAUCUCUGGAUGACUAACAAAGGUCUGUUCACUUUCGACCUAUCUGUUGCGACUCUACGUGGCACGUUCCUGGAGAUAGCAAGCACUGCGUCGAACACAAGCAAACCCGAUUCUUCCCGUAGAAAAUUUGAUCAAACGGGGUACCGUUAUCUUAAUCGGAGCUAUGGCGUAGGCGCUGCCGCCGGUUUGAUCGACAUACCCGAGACGAUACACCCAACGUGGUACUCCUACCAAGAAGUUGGAUUCCUCCCCGAAGUUGCAUGCGGGCGCAACGAAUCCUCUGCGUUCAAGAUUUCAUAUUUAGUCAACAACGACGCCCAAUCUUAUCACGAGUUCACGGCGAAUGGAUCGCUCGCGAAUGGAGUCUAUAUAUUACCACGCUAUCCUCAGCAGACGUCCCAGCGACAAGAUAUUUUCGCCUGGGCUCAGCAAUACGACCCUGCGCAAAAGAAGACCUACAUGUCUCUCGCAGUGGAUACCAAUACCACAUUAAACGACUGGGAUUUCCAUCAAUUCGAUAAGGUUCAGUGCGAAGUUAACUACCAGGCUAGGAACAUCUCCGUCCUGGUCAACGCCACAGCCAGCACCGUUUCCACGAGAGAGGCACGCUCAGUCACUUGGCCCGACUACACCGAUACUGUACUGCAGCGCUUGGACGACCCUUUUUGUCGCUACUCCGCCGACGAAGGUAUGCUUUUCGGAUCCCAGUUAGGCCAUUCCAUUGUAAUGAACAUCAACCAACUGAAGAUGAUCACCGGCGACAACAGUACUGACACAGUAUAUCGAGGACUGGAAGACCACAUUGCAUCUCUUUUUGACAACGGUCUGGGCAUGUUAUCAGCUACUAGGCUCAUUGGAGCGAACAAGACCGUACCAGUCGUUGCUGAAGUAGGAUUGCCGACCGUAACGUACGGCGACAGGAUCUACAUUGUCGCGGUGCUAGCCAUCAACACGAUCAUACUUUUGAUCUGGAUUGCAGCGGCGGCGUGGACUAGGCUGUGGAAGGGUAUGGCCAAUAUGGAGCUUGACGACGUCGGCAGCGUUAUGCUCUGCGCGUCGCAAGGCGGCACUGCGCUAGCGGAGAGGGCUGCUACGAUGCCUGACGAGCGCAUCGGAAGUAUUCGCGUGCGGCUCAAGACGAUUUCGCCUGACAACCGGGAGGCGUUCACAUUGGAGCAAGAGAAGCAAGGCCUGAACGAGUCUGGCGACCAUGUUCAGCUCCUUCCCAUGUCGUCACCAAGGUCCAAAUGA